GGUUGCCUCUACGGAGUCGUGUACCUUUUCUCUCAAAUCUCUCAAAUGGCAUCUUCCUCAAGCUCUACUGUGUUUGUGUGUGUGUGUGUGUGUGUGUGUGUGUGUGUGUGUGUGUGUGUUUCUUUCUUUUCUGAUAACUGAGCAGCUGCGUGGGCCGGAACUGGGAAACGAGACAACGCAGCCCGUUGGAAACUGAAAUUUCAGUGGACUCGAAAGGCCCAAGAAGCUGAAACUCCUCGCUGACUCAUUCCUCGUGUCCAUCAUCGCGAGCGCCGGCGACAGCCGGCAGCCGGCCUGGCGGAUCGCAGCGGGGCAGAGCGAAAACGACGAGAUCGCUUAAUGCGCCGACGGCCGCAAAUGCCAAAACAUCGCGCGCUUAUCAGUACCUCCGUUUCUCUCCCCACUCUCUCUCUCUCUCUCUCACGCACACACACGCACGCACCUCACAUCAGUGAUCGACCAGCAUGGCCGGCGCCGCGCCUCACGUCAUGGUGCUGCCGUUCCCGGCGCAGGGCCACGUCACGCCGUUCAUGGAGCUGUCGCACCGCCUCGUCGACCGCGGCUUCCAGGUCACCUUCGUCUGCACCGAGCUCAUCCACGCGCUCCUCCUCGACACCGGCACCACCGGCGACGCGCUGUGCGGCAUCCGCCUCGUCUCCAUACCGGACGGCAUGGCCGACGGCGACGACCGCAGGGACCUCUCCAAGUUCGUGGGCGCCAUCACGCGGUACGUGCCGGGCUACGUGGAGGACCUCAUCAGGGAGACGGCUGCGUCCGGGGAGAAGGAGGUCAAGUGGCUCCUCGCCGACGUCAACCUGGGGUUCUGCUACCAGGGCGCCAAGAACCUCGGCGUCCGGGUGGCUGCCGUCUGGCCGGCGGCCGCCGCGAGUCUCGGGAUGUGGUCCAGCAUUCCCAAGAUGAUAGAGGAUGGCUUCAUCGAUGACAAGGGCAUGGCAAAGCGAGAGGGGAUAUAUGAGAUCGCCCCCAAGAUGCCGCCGAUCUGCAUGUCACGCAUGCCGUGGUGCAUCGACGGCCCACCCGAGGGGCAGCAGCUGGUCUUCAAGCUCGUGGUCACCGACAACGCCCAAGCGACCAGCCUCGCCGAGAUCGUCGUGUGCAACUCGUUCCUCGACGCCGAGGCAGCGGCGUUCGGGAUGUUCCCGGAGAUACUGCCCAUCGGCCCGCUGUUCGCCGAUCAGGAGCUCCGGAAGCCCGUCGGGCAGUUCUGGCCGGAAGACGUCAGCUGCCUGGAGUGGCUCGACGCGCAGUCCGAAGGCUCCGUCGUGUACGUGGCGUUCGGCAGCUUCACCAUCUUCGACCCGCGGCAGUUCAGAGAGCUGGCCGAGGGGCUGGAGCUCACCGGCCGGCCGUUCCUGUGGGUGGUGCGCCCGGACUUCACCUCCGACGUCCUCGGCAAGGCGUGGUUCGACGAGUUCCAGAGCCGCAUCGCUGACAAGGGCAUGAUCGUCAGCUGGUGCCCCCAGCAGAAGGUUCUGGCGCAUCCCGCCGUGGCGUGCUUCGUGUCGCACUGCGGGUGGAACUCGACGAUGGAGGGGGUGAGGAAUGGCGUGCCCAUCCUGUGCUGGCCCUACUUCGCCGACCAGUUCACGAACCGGAGCUACAUUUGCGACAUCUGGAGGACCGGCUUGGCCGUGACGCUCGGGGAUGGAGUCGUGACGAAGGAGGAGGUGAAGAGCAAACUUGAGCAGGUCAUCGGCGACGAGGGAAUCGCGGAGAGGGUAGCGAUGCUCAGGGAUGCAGCUCGUAGGAACAUUGGCGAGGGCGGGUCCUCGUAUGAGAAUUUCCAGAGAUUUGUUACCCUCCUAAACGAGUGAGCUGCAUUUCACUAUAUACUGUCUGUCACUGUCUGAGACAGACGACAAUUUUUUUUUGUGUUUCUCUUUUUAUUUUAGUAUUAUAUAUUGUGCACGCUUUUCUGGCUUGUUUCCCUAGCGAACCAAAAAAUAUUGAAUUUGCAAAGAUUAUGAUUGCUCACCAAGUAUGCACGUGAUGCCCUAGCGUACACAUGACACAUCUUAAUCUGUAAAAACAAAAUCCGAACGAUUUUAACCUGCUAACUGUACGGAUUUUCCAAUACAAAGUAGGUUAUGAAGAACAAAAUCAGCAUGAAAGGAAUGUGCUAUGUAUCACAAAUAGGUUGUGAAAGGAGUAGGGGGAGGAUGUGUGCACGUGCAUUCAUAGAGAUAAGUGUAUAUGCAUAUAUGUAAACGUUUGGGAUUGUACUAUGUUCAAAAAUAUAUAUAAUAAUGUGAUCUCUUAAAACACACCAUUUCAAGAAAUUGAAUAACACCCACUGUGACGCAGGAUGGUACACUCCCAACUUACAGACAAUAAAUUUUAACUCCAUAACCGCAUCUACCAAGAUUAUGCUAUACUCUAUUCAUGAACCUUUUUUCUAAGAAGUUCUAAGGCUAUAUAUUAAAUAGUGCAGGUCCUUUACAAGCACACCUUUAUAGAAAAAGAAAAAUACAUCCACAUCUUUAGGUUGUCGAAGUCUUCUUCCUCUUGCAACCAUCAAG